AUAACGGUUACGAUUUUGUGAGCAUUUGUUAAUUGUUUGUCGCGAGUCUUUUCCAUUAAAGGCGGUCGGGUCGCGCAACGUUUAGUCCCGUCGUCCGUUCAAACAACUUCGAUCUAAUCCACGGAGUAUUGAUUGUUAAUUAUUAAUAACUAGGUAUAGGUCUGGUGUUCGUAAAUUAUUUCGUAAUUAGAACGGUCAUAACCAAUACAUAAAAUUUUAUUACGUAAGUUUGCUUUCCUAUUCAUAACUCGCUCAACUAUUAGUGCGUUCUUUUAUACAUUUAUUACCUGUAUAAAUCUGUAAAAUUCGAGAAUUUUAUCUUUUUUUUUACGACUGAAAACACGAUAAAAAUAUUGUUACCUAUAACAUAUUGAAUUCGUUCGCUCCUGAAUGACGACUUAAAGCUUGACAACUGACCAGCGCCAUCGACACGAACGCCGCCGUUAAAAUUCGGGAUAUUUAUUAUUUAAUAAUAAUAUCGAAUAUCAUUAUUAUUACAAAUCGCGACAAGAGAUGGAAUUUACGGUUUUUCGAGAUCAAGAAAACGCCAAUAAUGUUUUGCGCAACAAGGAGAAUAACGUGCCAUCGAGGGAUCAACAACCCUCCAAACGACGGUCGGUGCUCGGGGUGCUGAACGCCAAACAACCUUUCAACAAAAAGCCGCAGCCGAAAUCCAAGCCUCAAGGAUCCAGUAAAUUUGAGUUUACUACCAAAUCAUCAGUUCCAUUUACAAUUCAUGAAGAUCCACAAGUAUUUAAAAAAGCUGCUGCUAGUGAAAACUUCUCAAGAAAAAAUGUGGAAAAUCAAAAGCCAUCACUGCUCAAGAAUGAAGUUAAUAUCAAUGAAGCAAAGGUUACUGUACCUAAAAUAGAAUUGAAAGAGAAAAGAAAACCGUUGUCUGAUGUGAGCCAAAUUAUUCCACCAUCCAUAAAAAAUAUACCAACAGAUGAGAAAGACAUAAAAGAUAUCGACGAAUCAGUAGAUUCAAGCAGUGUAUACUCACCUAUGUCAGUUGAUCAUGACAAGUCUUUACAAAGUACUAGUCAUUCUUUGACUGCACAUAGGUUAAGUUGUGAUGUAGAUACUUACACUUGCGAGUUAUAUUCUUAUCUCAGAAAUGUUGAGAAAUUACAUCGUCCUAAACCUGGAUACAUGAGAAGACAACCAGAUGUGACGUAUAGUAUGAGAGCAAUAUUAGUUGAUUGGUUGGUUGAAGUAGCACAAGAAUAUAAGCUACAAAAUGAAACACUGUACUUAGCUGUUUCAUUUAUUGAUCGUUUUCUGAGUUUAAUGUCUGUUGUCCGUGCUAAACUCCAAUUGUUGGGUACUGCUGCUAUGUUUGUUGCAUCGAAAUAUGAAGAAAUUUAUCCUCCAGAUGUUAGUGAAUUUGUUUAUAUAACUGAUGAUACUUAUACAAAAAAACAAGUGCUUAAAAUGGAACAGUUAAUAUUGAAAGUUUUAGGGUUUGAUGUCUCAAAUCCCACAACUGUUAUUUUCUUGACUCAUAUUUGUGUUCAUUGUAAUGUUCCGUUGAAAGUUAUGUACUUAGCAAUGUAUUUGGGUGAAAUGAGUUUACUAGAAGCUGAUCCCUACUUAUCUUAUACACCUUCUUUGAUUGGCUGUGGAGCUGUUGCAUUAGCUAGAUUAAUAUUAAACUAUGAAGUUAUUUGGCCUGAAAACAUGUUUGAAUUAACUAAAUAUAGUUUAAAUGAUCUGAUACCUGUUCUUAAGCAUUUAAAUCAAACUUAUAAAACUGCUCCACAUUCCCAACAAUCUGCCAUUCGAACAAAGUACAAGUCUGCCAGAUAUCAUAGUGUCUCUGAAAUCGAGUAUACAGACUUAAUUUUGCCUGAAGAAACUGCCCAAAAAGAAAUGUCAGAGAGACUCAAGUUGGUUGAUGUUCAAGACAAGUCAUGAUUUUAUCGUUAUUUAUUUAUGUUUUCGAUUUUUUUUUUAAUUAUUAUUUUUUUUAUUAAUUUUUUGUAGUAAAUGAAAAAUUUUUUGACACUUUUUUUAAACAAUAUAUUUUUAAGUUAAAAAGAACAAAAUAACGUUCAAAACGAACCAUACAACUGGAGAUGUUUUUUAUUUUGCGCUUAUAAGAAUCAUGCGUAAAUAAAAAAU